AUGCUUUUCAGUUCUGCUGCUGCUGCAGAACAGCAGCAGGGAGGGACCCCCCACAGCAGCAGCCGUCUCGCCAGCCCCCGGGGGGGCCCCCAGGGGGCCCCCUGCAGCAGGUCCUUUUCUUCUUUCCCUUUUGCUGCUCCCCUUGCUGCUGCAGCAGCUUCCCAGUGCAGAGGCAGCUCCUCCGCUGCGUCCUCUCCUGCUGCUGCUGCAGCAGCAGCUGCUGCUGCUGCCGAUGAGGACUCCUGGGAGUACUGGGAGCUGGCUGCGGACUGCGAGGGCGGGCAGCUCAAGCGCAGCAGCAGCAGCAACUGCAGCAGCAGCAGCAGCAGCAUGGACCACUGGUCCACUAUGACCACCGCUGAGGCUUUGCCGGACCCCCUAAGCCCGUGGCCUGCUUCGGGUGUACGUACACCCGAAGCUGCAGCAGCAGUAGCAUUUUCUUUUUCCAGCUGCGACUUUGAAAUUCAAGAAAGUCCAUUUGAUGUUUUUUCGCAGCAGCAAAGUUGCAUGCAACAGCAGCAAAGUUGCAUGCUGCAGCAGCACGGCGUGCAGCAGCAAAGCGGCAUGCAGCAAGCUGCCCUGGCCCCAGACUUUGCUGCAGCUUCUGCUGCUGCUGCUGCUGCUGUGCUGCAGCCGUUGUCUGACUCUUGUUUCUCUUCUCACGAGACAUAUGAAGACCUUUUAGACUGGGAGCCGUUUGCUGCUGCUGCCGCUCCUGUGGCAGCAGCAGAAGAUGCUGUUGCUGCACCCGCUGCUGCAGCAGCUGCUGCUGAUGGACCUCCUGCAGCAGCAGCAGCAGCAGCAGAAGACUUUACAGCCUAUAGACACGAACUGCAGCAGGCCCCUGGAGGGGCUGUGCAUGCACUGCAGCUGCAGCACAGAAGUUUCGAGAGAGACCCAGGCGCAGCAGCAGCAGCAGCAGAAGCAGCAGCAGCGCUGCGCAGCAAACAGCAGCAGCAGCAGCAGCAGCAGCAGCAGCAGCAGCGAAUAUGGCGCGCGCUGCGCCGCGUGGUCCGAUCUUUGCUGCUGCUGGGAAACGCAGCCUUAAAUAUAGAAGAGAAGCUGCUGCGUCGCCUCUGCAACGCCCCCAGCAGCAGCAGCAGCAGCAGCAGCAGCAGCAGCAGCUACGGGAGUGCGCUGUGCCUGAGUGAGGUCUCCGCAUCGCCCCCAGCAGCAGCAGCAGCAGCAGCAAGGGUUGAGGCCCGCGGCUUGUGGCUGCUGGAGGAGCAGCAGCUGACAGCAGCAGGAGAAGCAGCAGGAACAUUUUUGCUGUCGCUGUUUCUCUUUCUCUGUGCUGCUGCUGCUGCAGCAGCAGAAUCCCACAAACACAAAUUCACACUCACGGAGCCCCUGGGGCUCUACGGCAGGCUGCCCUUGCUGCUCUACCUUGCUGCUGCUGCUGCAGGAUUGCAUUUAUCCCCUGCGCUGCUGUACGCUGACUGGCUGACGGGGCCGCAGCGGCGGUCUUUGUCGUUUGUGAAUUUGCUGCUGCUGCUGCAGUACGCAGCAGCAGCAGCAGCAGCAGCAGCAGCGUGGGGCGCGUGGGGAGCCCGCGGCGACUUUGCUGCUGCCUUCCCGCUGCUGCAGCAGCAGCAGCCGGAGUUCGUCGGUGCUGCAGUAGCAGAAGCAACUCUUGCUGCGCUGCUGGCAUUAGUUUGCUUCAGCAUCCGCGGGCUUAUUUCCUUAAGAAAAAGAGAAAAAGCCAGAGAAGGAGAAGACAGGCCCCUAACUGCUGCUGCUGCUGCAGCAGCAGCAGCAGGAACAGCAGCAGCAGCAGCGGGAACAGCAGCAGCAGCAGCAGGAGAGGAGGAAGCAGUGGACUGCGCGGAGCGGGGAUUGGGCUGCGGAAGCCCGCGGCACAGCAGCAGCAGCAGCAACAGCAACCUGCUGCGGUUUCGUGCCGCAGCUCUGCUGCUGCUGCUGCUGCUGUUUGCUGCUCUUCACCGGCCCUCUCCUGCUGCACUAAACCCUGCAGUGGCUUACACAGCAGCGUGGCUGUCGCGGCUGGACCGCAAUGCAGCAGCAGCAGCAGCAACAGCAGCAGCAGCAGGAGCUGCAGCAGGGGACUCCGCAGCGACGCCAGGCAGCGCAGCAGCAGCUACAACGGCAGCAGCAGCAGCAGCAGAAUCCUUGUGGAGCGACGCCGAGUCCUGGUUUAGUUUUUUUGUUAUCUUUUCUGCUGCUCCUUAUAUAGGCUGCCAAGUUGCUGCCAUUCUAUGGUGCAGGUACAGCAGCAGCAGCAGCAGCAGCAGCAGCAGCAGGGGAUGCAGCUGGAGCAGUAGCAGGCACAGCAGCAGCAGGAAGCGGUUCUUGGACCCUGCAGCAGCAGCAGCAGCACCCGCAGCAGCAGCAGCAAGGCGAUUGCAGCAGGUGUGGAUCCAGGGCAAAACCCUUUCUGCUGUUUAUUUAGUAGAUGAUUAUUCCGGCGAGCAGCAAACAGCCGCAAACGCAACCAGCUACACAAGGCUGUAG